AUGCGGGAUUAGGGUUUGAUGUGGUGGCGAUGGCAGUUGAACGCAGAGCGCCCUGCUUCGUGACGCACUUCACGAGCCAUGCGAGGGGAAGGAGGGGCUGCUCUCUCAAUUGUAGCUGCGAGGAAUUUGGCGAUGGCGACGCAAGUCACAGUGCUGCUGCAGACACUCUCACGGCUUUGAAUGCGUAGCCGUGAAAAGCCUGCGCUUGUACCCCGUGGCGAAUUUAUGGCAAAAGCUCGGUUUCAGCGGACCUGUGUUUCUUCACAAUCACUGCAUGUUAUGAAUCCCGGCACAGCUCAGCUGUGUAGAGCUAGAGCCUUCACAGUCAAGUUCAAUAGGAGUGUGCGUGUUUUCAGAGGCAUUGCUCAUCAAAGAGAUCCAUGUCACAUGUUUUCAUAAUGGAAGCGGGGACAAUUAUUGGCUACGGUAGCAUCUCCCAGCCACAGGAAUACUACGCACCUGUGUGUUCACAGCCGAGCAUUGACAAAGCACGAACCAGUUGCAGAAGUCACUAUAAAGAGGGCCAGUCAGUGGGCAUGCAGCGUGGUACUGCGCAUGAGAGAUCAUGAGCGAGAGGGAGGAAGUUAGGGAGAGAUAAAGAGGCGUGUGGUAGGGGAGACAAAUUGCGAGAUAGACGACAGUGGUCGCAUGGAACGACUUCGCAGCAGCCAGACUGACUGUGUGCGGGCACUGCCAUAUUUACUUUAGGGUAAUUGCCAAUUAGCAAUGGAGGGGGGAAGGACGAGAUAUGUCAUCAAUCUCGCAUCGUCGUCACCAUCAUCUGGCUGUUGUUGUGUUUCGUAGAUAAAUUACGCUCCCCUUUUUUCUUUUCCUCCCACGCCCGUCCGUCUGUUCACUAUCAAAUCUGACCUCGAUCGCACCUGACACUUCGCUUUUAAUGAGGCGCAGCGCUUUAUUUGGAAGGGGAGGAUGUCUGCGCCAGAUUUUUUUCUCUCGAGGAGUACCAUUGCUUCGCUGUUAUUGUUGUGUCAUUGUGAAAUUGCAUCCUGUGAGUUGAGUUGGCGACGGGGUGGAACCGUAACAGGUUUUGCGAGCGUUCAUUGAAUGCUUCUGUGUAGGUGGAUAUUGUCAAAUUUUUAUAGAGGGAGAACGGUCAUCAUGCUGAGACUGGGUGGAUGAAUAGGGAAUGCCUUGAAGAUCGAUAAUGUGAGCAGGGGGGGAUCCAAAGUACUGCAUGUCUUCGAUUGAUUUUGCUGCUAGCUACUGAACUGGUUGCUGCUGGAGAUGUCGGGCCUUGCAACGAUGAAUGUCCUGAUGAGUCGUUGCUGUUAGCUAUGUGAGGGUGCACGCUUACGGAUUAAGGUUCAUAUCUAGCUCGAGUUCGUGUAGCUUCUUAAAUUAGAUUCCUGAGUUUGUGAUUGUUUUAGACAGGUUAGGGGCAAGUUUCCCGCACUUAUCGCUGAGUAUAUCAUGAUUACCGGCUCUUACAUGACGAAGACUUAUGAUCGUCUUCAGUCAUCUAUUAGACCUGUUGGUUUUGCCUGAAUUGACAACUUUCAAGCUUCUUCGGUCACACCCCGGUUCAAUUUGGAUUGAGUCCCCACAGCUGUGAGUGUUGUAGGUGUCAGGAGUAUUGUAGACAUCAGUCAUAGCAAUUUUCUUCCCUAGGUUCAAUUACAUAGUGAGUACUGCUUAACUCGACUUUCAUCUGGGUUUUUUUUUUUUUUUUUUUUUUUUUUCUCUCCCCUAAGGCGUGUAGACCCUAUUAAUGAUGAGGACGACUUAGGAGGAAGCUUUUAGUCAAGAAUUGGUCACCGUCAUGUUUUUUUUUUGUGAAGACUCAAGUGAGACAUUCCGGAUUUGUGGGCGCUUCCCGGAAGUAUCAAAGAAUGUCUAGCCAGCGUUUGUCUGGGUUUUAUCUUCCAUGAAAAUGCUUCCAGCUACCCCUGACGAAAUAAUACUCAAGAGCCGAAACUUGGUGAUCGAUGAAUUUGAUGUCGUUGAUUAUGAAGCUGUAAUUCUUUCACCGAUGCCCUGUAAAGUAGUUUUCUCACGCCCUAGUCCAGUGCCUUUACUUCUCUAAAGAAUUUGGUAGGAAGGUAAUAUAGCAAGCCAACAUCUUAUAUAUGUGGAAUUAAUACAUAUUGUUCCACUUGCUCCUGAAGAGGUAGCUGUGCAAAUCUCUUGCAGUUCUCUGUGUUGCGGGAAGGCGGAGAUGAACUAACGAUAUGUGGUUGUAGUCUGUCCUAGCCUCCAGCUAUCGUUACUAUGCUUGUAAGGGUUCAUACUUCCGAACGGAGACAGAUCUUAAAGAAAUCUCAGAGAACCGAGAUAUGAGAGACGAAACUUUUUAAAAUCUGCGGAUGAUGACAAUAGAGGGAAAUUAGCCUCUUUUUAAAACUCAAGUCAAAGAAACUCUACGAGACAAGAAUACUAUUAGACUAUUGUGACCUCAUUCUUCGUGUGUGUAAACUCUCUUGAGAAUACGAAUCAAAAUCGUAAAAAUAGCAAUACAGAGCACAUGCAUCUGCAUUAAUAUUAUCUUCGAACUGGGUGCGUUUGCUUUUCUGAUUCAGUCGAAUUCCAGCCGAGAGAAAUGAAGGACAGGUCAUGGGGUUGCUCAGUGUCAAGGACAUGCUUGAGGGACACUGUGACAGCUCCUAUGGUGAUUCAAGAGCGCCCACCGAACUCGAAGCCAGCAAUCUCGAAAAGAACUGUUCGACAAUCGGAGGCCAUGCUCACACCGACCAUCGAUCUGCCUGUGACCAACAAGGAGGGCGUGGAUGCACUUAAUACGCUAAUUCUGAGAAAGUUGGCUAAGGAGUCAUUCAUGAAUGGAGUUCCAAGAAAAUCAGGGCACCCAGGAGAAUUUCACUGUGAUAGAAAGGUUGGAACACGGGAAACUUUGCGAGAAGCCAGGAGUACCUCAAUUUCAUGCAAAUGUGGCUCAAAUGGGGAUAGGGAGCUUUUAUCUUCGUUUCCUAACCCACAUGACAAUGCAAUGUGUGGGGACUUUUCGAAGAAUAAUUUGGCGCCUUUUGAUAGUGCAAAGAUCCCCGAUGGUGUUGGUUCACUUUUGUCUCGGGUAGGACUGGACAACAGGAAGAGGUCCGAUCAAGAUCUGCUGCAAUUUCAGAAUUCAAGCAGGUUUAACAAAGCUCCUCAGGACAGGACACUUGGUUCGACCCAGAGUUUUCAGAAAUUUAUCCGUUCCCAGGAUUCUGGCGAGGGGCAGAGUGCCUCAACUCACAGCUCACCGAAGGAGUUCCUUUCUAUUUUGGCAGCGCAGGCUAGCAAUUCCAAGAGCUCUAUGCAUGCAGUGGGGCAAACGUGGUGUAUUCGUGAGGUUAACUCCUCGGGUAACUUCAUUGGCCCCGAAUUCAGCCCUUUUCGCAGGUGUUCAGCAGAUAAUUAUGAGGAGGCUACAGCUUUGAAGAGUAAACUUACAUGUCCGUUGUCCACAACUGAUGAGCUCGCUUCAUCCGACAGCAACUUGCUAAGACCGCAUGUUAACUCUCCAGUACACACACAGCAUGCUCCUGAAGAGGUCACCACGCAGUCAUCACUCCGUAACGCGCUUACCAAAGGCAUUCAAAUUCGGUUUGACGAAACCGCAGAUCCCCAUACUUCGCGCUGUGAGCCACGGAUCGAUUCCACGCUGUCUGGGAGGGAUCUUAUCAGAAAGAUAUUUCGGGAAGAAGGAGAAGUGGAAGCAGCGUUGUUGAAGCGGGCUCCAUGGUCCGACCAACUGAGAACUGCUGAACAUGUUCACUGGAAUCUGAGGGAGUUGAUGCAGCGAGAGGAAGUAGAGGAGGACGUGGAUGCAAGCCUCAAUUCUUUGAGAAAUGAACAUACGGUCGGACAGGGGGUCGUUGAAAACGAUUGCCAGUUGGAUGAACUUGCAAGAAACCUGGUUAGGAAUCAGCCUGGUAUCAAACAGGAGAAUUGUAGUGAAGGUUGUGGCACUCCACGAAGGGUUGAACUCUGCACUGCCGCUUUGAAAAAUGAAGAGAGCCAAAGCGAUGGUCUCAUUCUAGAGGACAGAAAAACGGAAUCCAAUAUUACGUCGAAAAGCCAAUUGAUUGAGGAGCAAUCGAUCCAGCGGGUCCUUGUGCAAAAAGAAAGAACCGAAGGCCGGGCUUCCAUGCGACAGAAUCACGGCUUCUCAUCUUGCACCGGUGACAUUUGCAGAAAUAUUGAUUCCAAGGAAGAAGAUAAGCAUUGUCAGGGAAAAGAUCCUUCACCGGACCUUUCAAAGUUGGUCGCAUCAAGUGAUUCUUAUGACGAUUCCGCAGCUAUUCGAGAACUUGAAGUAGACUGUGAAACUGGUCGUGAUGAUCUGGAGGUUCUGCUGAAAUUCCUGACCGUGAAGCAACAACUUAGAGAAAGUAGAAGGAACGAUUUUGAAGUUGUCAAAACAGAAGCCAUUUUAAGGGAUUUAAUUUCUCGAAUGAAACUCGACAGUGAUUGUUCUUCUUCUGUGGAUUCGGUCGCGCCACUUCGAUUUCUCCAAUGGUAUCAUUCCGGGGAGCCAGUUGUAGAUGACGGCUUUGUUGGGGGAAAGGAAAGCAAGGAAGCUUUGACACCUUUUGACAUAAGCAAUGCUGUUGUGUAUGAUAUGUCACCUGGAUUGACAUCCGAGAGCAAUGCUGAUUCUCAAGUGAUUUAUGUUCACAAGAAUCAGAAAGUGAACCAUCUAUGCACGCCAGAAGUUCAUCAGCUGCCACUUGAAGUGCCCACUGCUUCCAAAUCUCAAAGCUUACAGCUGAUGAUUGGAUUGAAGAGCACUCAAAGGACGAGAUCUUGCAGCAGGAAUUUUUAUAAUGCUCAACCUGAAGAGUACGUCGGAAUGCUAACAGAUCCCUCAGAGAAGUCCGAAGAGACAAGGAGGCGCUCAGGACUAUCGAGGGUGGGUACUCGUCGAGCUGAAUGCUGUAUAUCAAAUGCGACUCUUCCCACACAAAGGCAUGCGAUUGAAUUAGGCUCGGAUGAGAUCGUCCGUGUUGGCAGUCACUGUUAUGUUGUCAAAGGUGAGUCGUCGUCCGUUACCAGAAUGGAAUCUAUGGAUGAGAGGAAUGGUGGGACAAUAGGGUUCGAGAUUGCUGAAUGUAAUGGGACCAGUCUCUUCAAGGAGACACCUUGUGCUUUUAUGAGUUCGCAGUUGAAGAAUGCGUUUGAAUCUCCAGCUGCCGAUGCCACGCCAUUACGUCCAAGCAGGAAUUUGGAAAGUCGGUCAUUCGCUAGCAAUGCUCCUGCAAUACCAUGGAAACACCAGCGGGAGAAGCUGCUGGCGGUAGGUCGGAACGUCCAGCAUGGAUCCCCUCAAAGGCGAUCAACUGUAAUAUCACCGGCGAACUCCCCUCAGCAUCACAGACAAUGUCGUGAUUCCCCGAGAACGAAAUCUUCGGCAAACAGCAAGCCUUCGCCCAUGGCUUCGCCACGAAGGCAACAAAGACCUCGACCAGCAAUGGCUGCAUUAAAUUUCAGUGCAGCCCAGCUCGACGCACAGACGUCAUUCCAAACUGUUUCGAAAGACCCCAUAACAAAUUCUUCACAGGAUGUUGAUUCGUUUCCUUCAGGAAUCUCCGAUAUGGUUGUUCAAGAGAGCAUUGCUUUGGCGAAAGACUCGAGUGACCCUUAUGCCGAUUUUCGCGAUUCCAUGUUGGAAAUGAUGCAGGAGAAGAACUUGUGGCAGCGACAAGAUGAGCUGCAAGACCUACUUUUAUGCUUCCUGCAUCUGAAUCAACCUAUACAUCACCAUUUGAUUCAUCAAGCUUUCUCCGAUGUGGUUUCAUAUGGCAGUCCACUGAAUUACCUUGAUUUGAAUCGUAAAACGAAGCUUUCGAAGGACAUUCUAACCAAAAAGUCCUCCCCGUCCAAUCAACGGCAUGAAGUGACUUAGAACAUCUUCAGGAAGGAGGGGACUGACAAUAUGAAACACACGAUCAACCGGUUCUGCAAAUAGUGCAGCUCAGAAGGACUUCACAAGGCGGUUGAAACCUCAGCAAAUUUAUUAGAUGCUGAAUCAACCGAACUGUUCGGAAAAAAAUGCAUCAGUAUCAUUCCCGUGGUUAGCCACACUGGAAAAGGGGAAUACUCGUCUUUUCAGGUUUCUCACACAGUAACGAUGAACCUUUUCCAAUCUUUGUCUGUCUGCUUGAAAUUCGACAAAAUAUUCCGACUAGAGAGAAUCUGAGAAAAAGUGUAGUCUCUAUUAUAAAAAACGAAGCCCACCGCACACGAGGGCAAUAGAUUCGUAGUCAGCAAGGGGUCCCAUGCUCAGUGUUUAGUUUUUUGACUAAUUGUACACGAUGCUGAAGAGAACCAGAUUGACAAGGUAGCCACCACCUACAACCGUUCGGAAGCCAGUUGGACAACCCAUUCCAGACGUCUUGAAAAGCUACAUUGUUAUCCAGUUUACACCAUUUCACAUUGUACGUCGAUUAUGCAGGGGGUGCGUGAAAGACAACUCAUCCGAAUUUAUGCAUGAAUGCAUCAAGUUUCAGUGACAUUGUGCAAAGUGACCUUCAAAUCUCACACUUCAUACUGUCCGCUAAUUAUGAGUAAAAAUCCUUCAAAGGAUGGCACAUGGAUUAAUUUCGGUACAAAAUUUUCGGGCAUGGUCCAGCAACAGUGGUCUGUUCCCCGUCAAAAAGUGAGACCUCACAUGAGUUAGUUAAAGUAUUCCAAAAUUGUCCAAUGGCAAGGUGCUUGAUGGCUAGGACAGAAUGGCAUCCCAAAUGGGUACCAUACAAUUCUUUUGUUUCAUCCAUCUAUGGAAUUAGAUAUGUAUGUAUAUUUAUUUAUUUAUUUAUUUAUUUAUUUA